CGCCAGCAAAUCUUCCGCUAUCUGAAGAAUGCCGCCAACACAAACCAUCCAAUGGCACGGUUUCACCUGGCUGGAUGUUAUCACGAUGGCACUGGUGCCGACCAAGAUCACACCAUGGCCUUCGAGCUGUAUCGCAGUCUUGCAGAUCGUGGGAUCCCUCAGGCUCAAGUUGCCCUCGGAAGUUGCUAUCAGUAUGGCGAAGGUGUCGAUCAAGACUUGAACGCAGCCAUCGAAUGGUACAACAAAGCCGCCGACCAAGGCAGCGAAGACGGCCGACUCCACAUCGGAUUCCUCCGUGGAUGGUUCUCGUUCAUCGGUCAUGGUGUCGAACAGAGCGAUGUCGACGCCUUGAACCGCUGGCAGGAAGUCAGCACCCUGUCCACCGAUCCGAUCAUCAAGUUCAUCGCCACCCACAUGGUUGGAUGGAUGCACUACCUCGGCCGGGGCACCGUGCGCGACAAGCAAAAGGGCACCAAGAUCAUCCGCGAUAACCAAUCAGAUGAGUUCCCUUUCGGAGAAGACGAGUGUCUGGCCGGAAACAGUGACGCCGACUCCGACUCACCCGCAGCAUUCAUGUUCUUCGAGCUGUGCCAGCUGGGAUCGGACCGUGACUGGCUGUGCAGGCACCCGAUGGCCGUGUGUCUACACUAUGGAUUCGGGACUUUAAAGAACCAGAAGAAGGCAGCCGGUAUCUUUGAGCAG